UGCACUUGGAUUCUAUUUGUGGGUUUGUGUGGUUUCAAUAAUCAUCAUUCACCGGAAAAUGAGAUUUUGUAUUGUGUGCGGUAAUUCUGAAGACGACGUAAAGCAUUUAUUUUGCUUUCCCCGUAGCGCAGACAGGUCGCAAAUAUGGCAGGAAGCUAUGGGAAUGAAAUAUAGACCACUAUGUGGCAAUGUUAGAAUCUGCAAUGAGCAUUUCACAAAAGAUAGAUUUGUGCCGUGUACCUCAGUUUUACGUUUGAAAGCUGGUGCAGUGCCCACAAUUCUGGAAGUCCAGAAGGACCAUAUUAUGAAGGGACUGGACCAGAUAGCAAAUAAAAAAGUAAACAUUAUAUCCCAAUAUAUAAUAAAGCCAGAACCACAGACUCUUUUGGAUACCAAAUCAUUAAGUAAUGCAAACAGUGAAGUUACUGAACAUGAGAAAACAAAUUCCUCGCAGUCACCAUCCCAACGGGCUGUCACACCAAUUUCAAGUACAGUUAGAUGUAGAGGGACUCUUUUUAAGGACGUUGAAGGCUUGUGUUCAACACAGAUAACACCAAGAAAGCAAAAGUUGAUGGUUAUUGUGAAGAGGAAGCAGGGUCGCAUAAGAAAAUUACAAAAAGUUUGCAAACAAAAAGGGAAAAGGAUUAAAACUUUAGAAAAUAUAGCAAUGAAUAAUUGUUUCAAAGGCAUGCCAUCUACCAUAUCUAACUUUAUGAUGUCUCAGAUUCGUUGUGCCAAGCGCUCGCCACAUGGAAGACGGUGGACACUGGAUGACAAAAUAAUGUCUUUAGCGAUUUAUAAACGAAGCCCAAAUGCUAUGUUUUAUUAGAACGUCUCUUAGUACUUCCAUCAAGAAGAACACUUUUUUCAUUACUGCAGAGCAUUCCUUUCGAUGUGGGAAUUAAUGAACGCUUUUUCCUUCAUCUGGGGCACUGCCUUCAACGAUUUGAUGAAAAGGAUCGUUUUUGCACGCUGGCCUUUGAUGAGAUGGCAAUAAGGGAACAUAUAAAAUAUAAUCCAUCGGCUGACUGUAUCGAAGGUCUGGAAGAUUGUGGAAGCGGUAAGAGAACCAGGCAGUUGGCAAGAUAUGCCCUAGUCUUCUUUGCCCAAGGAAUUUGCCGAGCAUGGAAACAACCUCUUGCCUAUUACUUUACAGCCAACGGCGUUUCUGCACAGAAAUUGCAGUGUGUACUGAGAGAGGUGUUAGAUGCUGCGAGUAAGGCUCACAUUCCCAUAGUGGCCACCAUUUGUGACAUGGGCACUGCUAACGUGAGAGCUAUAAAAGACAUGGGAUCAGACAUUAAUAAUCCUUACUUUGUGCACAAUGAAUUGAAAAUAUUUACCAUAUUUGAUGUGCCACAUCUAUUGAAAUGUUUUCGGAACCUAUUUCGGAAAUAUAAUAUUUUGCUUCCCACUGUAACCGUUGCUACUCAACAACAAUUAAUGCAAGCCAGGUGGUCAGAUAUAAAAAUUGCUUAUGAGCAAGACAAGAAAAAUCCACUGAUCUUUCGCAGUCUACAUAAGUUAAAAGAUUUUUAUUUAUAUCCAGUAGGCCAAACAGCUAUGAAAGUUAAAGUUGCUGCACAAACCUUGAGCCGAACAGUGUCUGUAUAUUUAUAUAAUUUAGUGCAACAAAACAUUUUGCCACCACGAUCAUUAGCUACUGCAACCUUUAUUCAAGAAAUGGAUGAGUUAUUGGACAGCCUAAAUGCUUCAGCUAGAGUUGCACUUGAUGGCAAGCCGUUUAAAUGCAUCGUUUCCGAAGAAUCAGGCCACACUUCGUUUUGGGAAGAUGCAUUCAGAAGAGUAAAUCAAUAUAAAUUUAUAAGAAAACCAGACGAUGAAUUUAACGCCCAUCAUUGGAAACUGCCAUCACAGCGAGGAUGGCUACAUACCUUGAGAGCCACCACUGAACUGUGGAAAUUUCUAAAAACGCAAGGGGUCAAAACUUUGAAAACAAAAUGUAUAAAUCAGGAUGGACUUGAAAACCUUUUUGGAAAUAUUCGUGCAGGCUGUGGUUCUAAUGAAAAUCCUACUGUGACACAGUUUAUCGGGUCUCUGAAAACACAAAUUAUUAAUGGACUCACAAAUCAGGGUUUGAAGGGAACAAAUUGCGAGGAAGAUGAAUUAACUCUUUUAAGUAAUUUACGUUCCUUGUUAGAACCUGCUGCUGGUGUUUCAGAAUCCGUUGAAAGUAUGAACGAAUCAAGUAUUGAAAUUGCAGGUACCUCACUAAGUAAUUACAGCAACUCUAGUGCAUUUGCUGUUGACAUUGCAAAUGCUGUAGAAAUUGGUUCUCUUCAGACAUUAUCGGUUGCUUAUGUCAACGGUUUUAUAAUUAAAAAAUUAUUUUCAAACUUUGUUUGCGAUAGAUGCAGUUACAUCUUGAGCUCAGAUGACACUGAGCCAUGUAAUCAAUUUAUUUCCAGUAAGGAAUUCUCAAAUUCUAAGAAUAAAUUGUUUUAUUCUUCUAAACAGUUUGUUAUUGCGGUUGGUACUGGUAUUACAGUUUUAGAGAAUAAGCUACCGAUUAUUUGUGAAAAGAAUAACCUACAAGAUGUAGCAACAAAUUUGCUUAACCAAGAAAUUGAUUUCUCAUUUAUUACUUGUGAGGAACAUUUUUAUUUUUUGAAAGAUUUUUUACUUAAAAGUAUAUGUAGAAUCGGAAUCCCAUGGUACUGUACAAGACUUGUUCGAAAUUUAAGAUCUGAAGCCAGCCGGCAAAUUUCAGCACGCACAAAAAGAAAAAAUUUUGCAUAAAUAAUAACAAUACCAUUAAAUGUCUACUUCUUGGACAAUUCAUACACCUACAGUACCAUCAAAUUCUGAUUCAUUGGGUCCACAUUUACAAACAACUUUGUCCUCUUGCAUAACGUUUUGUUUCAGUUUUCUUGGAAUCCCUAUGAUCUAAUGUUACUAGUUCUCAUUCAGUCUGUGUUUGUUAUGAAAAGAUGUGGCAUAGCAUUAUUAUUAUUGUGAAUCUUUGUUGUACUUAUGCAAAUACAAUUUGACAAAGCUCAAUUUUUGUUUCAAUUA